AUGCGCAACAUGAUGGCAGACUUGGUGAAUUUGGCGCAGAGAGGUUUCGAGGUCCUGCGCUCGGACGAGGACUCAGAGGACGUUGAGGUUCUCCAGUUUUCAAAGUCCCCUGCCUCCUUGGAGCUUCCGACAGGUCAAAGAUACCGCCUCCAGGUGCGGGCCACUCUGUCGGACAGCAGACAACCAGGUGCUUCUGCUACCUGGACCUCGGCGCCGUCCAGCGCGGUCAGCGCCGAUCUGCGAGCACCCACCUCACCGGUGAAAGCGUCGCAGGCCACUUCGCCCAUGUCUCUCUCGAGCGAGGCUUCGGCAAAAAUGCCGAGCCUGCAAGUGCCCAAGGCCAAAGCCAAGGGCCGUGUGGCCGCCAAUUUCGGGGCCUUCAUGGCCGCAGCAGCUCCUGGUAGCUCUCCUCUGGGGGCACCAAGCAAGGCAGGGGCCAAGGUUGUGAUGGGUGGGUCCACCCGCCAGGCGCGGCCUGAUCCGCUGGCCGCUGCCUACCCUCGUGUCGUUGCAGCUGGACCUGCAGACGCGGCGAGCGAGAAAGCCGACAUAGCGGAGAGGCUCCGACUUCGUGGGCAAAGUGGGGAGACCUCCUUGGCCCACGAGUCGCAUCCGCGUUCUUCGAGCUUCGACUCCGACGAUGAGAGCCUGGCGAAGCUGUCCAUGGCUCUCCUAAGUCUGGAGAAGAACACAGCAGCCAGAGAAAAGAGGCAGCUGCAGGAGGUGGCCAGCGAGGCGGCCCAUCAGCUGCAGGAGAGACUGGAG